CGGCUUUUUUCCCCGAUUAUCAGUCGGCACCCGGGAAGAAGACACGUAGUGUGCUGGAUCGCGAAAAAAAAAUGGACAACCCCUCUGCAUACUUCUACAGAGGACGUUUGGACGAUAGCAGCUUCACGAUUCGGCACUAUGCGGGGGACGUCAAGUACUGCAUUAAUGGUUUUGUGGAGAAAAACAAUGACUACGUGAAAGAUUCGUGUGCGCAGACGAUGCACGACACCACUUCAUGGGUUCUUCGAGGAAUCAUAGGAACGAAAGAUGAAAUGGUUGGACUUAUGAGCGAUACGUACUCUCCCGGUUCACCCACGUCACCUUUGCGUGGUUCGCGCCGCACCGUUGUCUCAAACUUUCGUCACUCACUCCGUCUACUGAUGGAAAUGUUGACCAGCAGUGUGUGUAACUGGGUGCGCUGCAUACGCCCUCAUUCGAGGAGACAAGCAGGGCUUUUUGACGGGAAAUUGGUACUGGAGCAGCUUGUUGCCACCGGAGUUCUCAGUACGUUGAAACAGCGUCAGACAAACUACCCUUUCCGUCUGAAAUGCAAGGAAUUUGUACACAAUUAUCAUAUCCUUCUUCAGUCAAGAAAAUCGCUUGGGACAAAAAUGACACUUAAAGCCAAAUGCUUGGCUUUACUACGGGCAGCCGGUAUCAGAGAAAAGUUAGCUCAAUUGGGAACUUCUCGUGUGUUUCUUUCAACGGAUGCACAUCGCAUUUUGGAAUCCAGGCGGGUACAAAUUGCGAAGACCAUGGUGACAGUUGUUGAACGGUACGUGGCUGCUUUUGUCUCCCGCGCGUAUGUCCGCCUGAUGCUUGUUUCGUGCCACACCCUUAAAUUGCAACGCAUCUUUCGUGUGCAUAUGCGCAUACGCCGAUGUGUUUCUCAGUACUACGGGGAACUACGCCGCAAAAGAUACGAACGUUUUUUGGAGUUAACAAAGUCGUUUUUGCGUGCUGAGACGAACUCCCGUGUGGAGUUGAUUAAAGAGCGGGAGUCCGAUGUAAGAACGUUGUGGAGCGAGUUUCGUACCCGUCUUGUCCCUUUGGUGGAGGGUGUGCUACGAAACGUGAAGGCGGUAGAGGCAAAGCAGCGGGAGUGUCUUAUUUCUCAGGCUUUUUCAUGCUACGUUGCGUUCCGGGACGCGUUUGUGCGGGAGGUCGCCGUGGCUUUGGAACGGGAAAAACAACGUAUAGCCAUCAAGCGUGAGAGGGAUGCCAGCGAGCGUUCGGAACUGCUGUGCACCGCUCUUGUGGCGCUGCAGGCCGUGGCUGCGGAAGAAGCGUCUACCUUUCAACAGUUACACGAUAACGUCAUUGCUCCAAUGGUGAAAAGGCUGAAGGCCAAGGCACGUGCCAUUCGCAGAGCAAAACGGUGGAGAGAUAGGCGUUUGCAGGAGCUAUACGAUGCGCGGGCAUCCGAAGUGCGACGUCUUGCCGUGGUGGAGGCUGAAGAACUGCGCCGGGAGGAAGAAAGAUGGCGACGCCUUGUGGGGGAAGAGGAGUACUUGAACGAAAUGCGGUACUUUUGCUCCUUUUCAGAUGACACGCAUGGAGCAUCACCGCUCUUUCGUGCCUUUCUACGCGACGGUGUUCCCUCUGAGGUUCUUCACACGCCAAUUGACACCAGUCCCCGGAAAUCGUCGUCCAUUGGGGGUGUAACUUCCUUUCGGGACUACAGAAACUACAUGAGAGAUGAGUUUCACCGCGCUCGUAUCAACGGGACGACGCCCAAUUAUCGACCACACAAGCACCGCGAGGAAGUUUCUUGUGAGCUUUGCAACUUUUUGUUGUAUCCAUCGCGGAAUAACGUUGCCACAAGACCCUCCGUUGAAUCUCUCAUGGAGGAUACGACACGUCGUCGACUUGACGAUGAAUACGACGACAGUGACGACAGCUUUGAUGAGCUUCAUUACGAAAGGAAGGUCAGCGAAUUGUGA